GCUCCGCGGGAGUUUCCUCGCCCAGCCGUUCGUUGGACGAUUGAGUGCAAUUAUUUCCCGAGCGUGGCCUUCUGCCUCUCGCCGUAUGACAUCAACUCACGAAUGCAAAUCAAAAGGGGACAAGAAAAGAUUUACGGAUAGGUUUUCAUUCAGAGUGAAGAUUGUGUUCCGCCCCUGUGAUUGGAUGUAAAGUGGUGCCAGUGAUCAGCUUGUUGAAGAACUUUUGUUUCUGUGGGAAGAACGCUAUGUAAUAGAUCCGAGUGUUACUUAUAUUCAACACAGACACUGGCUUAUUGUGUGUGUAUAUCGUAUUUAAAAAGUUGUGAGUUGGUUCUAAAUGCUCACUCAGAGAAAGAUGUGAUUCUACUUUGAGAUCUAGUGUAUACUGUGGAAGGAAGUCAAGAGAAAUGGGAGUUCACUAGUGAUUGUCUGCAGUUACGUUCCAAUCACCCGCCAUCCUUUCACACGCAAUCGCAGAUAAGGCAUAUAGUAGAUAUCUCUGGUAGAACGCAGCUAAGAUUUCUGUUGUAUCAGUGAUUACAUACAUGCAUGGUGGUGAUAUAGCUUUUGUACGCGACAACAUUCACUGCAUUGAAGUUCAUACAGGAUUACAAAGUGUUGGAUUGUAACUGAUUUGAAAGCCUUUUUUUUUUCCUACGUUGCACAGCCAACAAAUAAUGUGUGUGUUUAAAGUGUUGGCGAUAUAGAAGUACAGUGUGUGUUCGGUGGUGUAGUUUUAUUUCUUUGUUUGCUUUUCUUGGAUUUAGUCACAAUUAUUGUUUCUUAUGCUGGAUGUGGUCUAUAGAGUACUGAGCAGCCAUGGGAAAUAAGCUACGCAAAUUGAGAGAUUCUCUUUUUAACUCUCCUGACCAGAAGGAGCCGAGCACUGUGUCCGAGACUGGGCAGUACCGAACUCUCGAACCUUCGGGUGACCAAGUUCAGGGCUUUAACGAUACACCAAAUGACCUGAGCAACUGUCAGCAGUCCUCGACUGACCAGAGUGGGGAAAACCAAGCGACGGAGCAAGAGCCGCAGACGGCGCCGGUCGCCGAGGACGUGAACCCAAGCCAAGAUGUCGACCAAGGUGUGGAGGCCGGCCUCAGAGGUAGUGACACCCCUCCUGCUUCUGUUGACCAGCCGUCUAAUAAAUCUGUGGAGCAGGCGGCCAAAGAGAAGUUGAAGUCUGCCACACCCCCGAGCGACGAGAGAGAAGAUGACGUGGCCAGCACACCGCCACACAUACCUCCCCCCAUGAACAAGAGGACACGGAGAGGAGCCGUCUCUGCCGAGGUGUACAGAGAAGAGGAUGCCGCCCAAUACGUCAAAAAGGUUGUUCCCAAGGAUUACAAAACAAUGGCGGCUCUGUCCAAGGCCAUCUCCAAGAAUGUUUUGUUCUCUCACUUGGACGAUAACGAAAGAAGCGAUAUUUUUGAUGCCAUGUUUCCCGUACACCGGCAUGCAGGGGAGGUUAUAAUUCAGCAAGGUGAUGAGGGAGAUAACUUUUAUGUGAUUGAUCAAGGAGAAGUGGAUGUGUAUGUGAAUGGUGUACAUGUCACCAGUAUUGGUGAAGGUGGAAGUUUUGGUGAACUAGCUCUCAUUUAUGGCACACCUAGAGCUGCCACUGUCAAGGCCAAGAAUGAUGUGAAGUUGUGGGGUAUAGACAGGGAUAGUUACAGACGCAUUUUGAUGGGCAGCACCAUUAGGAAGAGAAAGAUUUAUGAAGACUUCUUGAGUAAAGUGUCUAUAUUAGAAAACUUGGACAAAUGGGAGAGACUAACAGUGGCUGAUGCCCUGGAACCUGUUCAGUUUGAUGACAAGGAGGAAAUUGUAAGGCAAGGAGAACCUGGCGAGGAUUUCUUUAUUAUCUUAGAGGGCUCUGCAGCUGUACUUCAACGUAGGGUAGAGAAUGAAGAGCCAGUGGAAGUUGGACGUCUUGGUCCAUCAGAUUACUUUGGUGAAAUAGCUUUACUUUUAGACAGACCCAGGGCUGCUACAGUUGUGGCAAGGGGUCCCCUCAAGUGUGUUAAGCUGGACAGGGCCCGAUUUGAACGUGUUCUAGGACCCUGCUCUGACAUCCUCAAGCGCAAUAUUUCCCAGUACAAUAGUUUUGUCUCUCUCUCCGUGUAAACAACUGAGUCGGCUAACCAAAUAUUUUGUCAAUGACAAACUUGUUUAGAGUUUUCCCCCCAAACCUGUACUAGGCAGACUUAACUAGCAGUGUCUUGUCCUUACCCCAGAGAGUGUCAUGGCUCCUCUGUUUCCUUAGACAACAAGCAAUUCAUUGAAACCACUUUGUUUUUUAUUUUUUUAGUAUAUUGGAUUCUGUUCUGGGAUAGACUCAAUGUGUUCAAAAAAGAUUCAGGUAUAUUCUGUCUCAUAUUCUCUCAGUUUCUCUCCAUCUCAAAUUAAUAAAUAAAAAAACUAGAUCAGGGACUAGGGCAACUCAAAGUCAGUAAUCACAUGGCUAGUUUACUUUCCAGACCAGCAAAACUUUCCAGCAAGUAGCUUUCAGUUACUGUCACUAUCUCUUCUUCUGCAUGUAAUCCCAGGGUUAGAUCUCACAAGCCAUGUGGCUACUUGGAUCUCUCAACUGUACCUCUAGUCAGAGAAGAAGUCUCUGUGAUACAUGGAGAAUGGUCAAUUUGUACCUAAUGGUGAUUUCAAUUUGUUACUUUAUUAUCAUUUUUUUAAUCCAGGUUCAAGUUUAUAUUUAUAUAGGAUGUAAUUUUUUUUACAGAAAUAAUUCUCCAUUUUUUUAAAUGUCAUAUAAUUGAUUCAGCCGCAAUACUUCCAUUUAAUGAUCUGGGUGAUUUUUUUUUUAAAUGUGUGGUAGUUGUCUCCCAUUGUUUGCCUAAUGUUUGAUGAUUGUGUGGCUGUCGAUUGCAUUCAAUUAAUUCACUGUGUAGUUAGACCAAGUUGCUGUAUUAGAUUUGUAGUCUCAACCAAUUGACUUGAUACUUUUUUGUCAAUGAUUGUUGUCCAGUAGUGUCUGCUUUGGUUCUAUUCAGUGAAUUGAUCAACUUCUAAUAUCACUAACCAAUACAUAUAUUUAUCUAUAUUUAUACUGUACAUGCUCAUUUUGUUUGAUACAGUCAAGUGCAUUGAAAGUUUACGUUUUAAUUGACUGCAUGUUUCAAUAACUGCUGACCACUUUGUUCAUUAGAUCUGUGUCUGUACAUUGAAGAGUGGCCAGUGAGUCUUUAAUGUUGUGGUCAAGUCUGUUCAAACUUAUUACGUACUUGGUAAUAAUCAUAUAUAACUUUCUUUUUUCUCUACAGUGGGGACAUGUCUGUGAUUUAAUUGUCUUUCGACAAAAAAAAUUCAUUCUUUUAACAUUUUUGCGUACGUUUGUAUCUAGGAAAUUAUCUUCCUAAAGGAAACUAUUUGUUGUUAACAAAAACUUUUAUUGUAACUUGUACUGGCUGUAGAUCACUUUCAUGGGCUAUUCUUUUAUUCACAUUUGGUGGAGCCAUGGCUGUGUGAGCCAGUUGGCAGCCAAAUGUGAAGAUCUGCUUGUAAUAUAAAAACUAACAUGAAAGAUCUUUCACCAAGUGUGUGUCUGUAUGUGUAUGUGAUCUAUAGAGCAACCAUAUUUAAUAAUGUUAAUGACUAAUUUAUAAAUAAAGUAAUAAUUGUAUGGAAAACACAA